AUGUUACUCACAACACUCCUUCUUGUCGUCGCCCAGGCGCACUCGGCCUUCAGCUGCGACCUCUGGAGCUCCAGCCAAUUCAAAAAGGACGUCAAUUACCAGUACGACUGCAUCGACGAGGACUCCAUCUACGACCUGGCCGUCUGCCUCCUCCAGCGCAACACCCUCGCGCAGAUCUUCCGCUGCGCCAACUCGGCCGACGACAACGGCGUCACCUACUGGAGCGUCAAGCCCGGCAGCCACGCCGACUCCCUCGACCUCAUCCCGCCCGGCAUCGGCGCCAAGAACUCGGACAAGAUCCGCAAGGCCGCCGACGACGACGACGGCGAGCUGCAGGUCACCCCGCGCGGCAUCCUCCUCGCGGCGGCUUCCACGGGGGCAUGCAUGCACUGCGACUUGGACGCCGUCUUUCGAAAGUGCCCCUACGACGCCAAUUCGCAGGAGUUUUACGAUUGUCUCUGUUGUGAGCUCGUGGAUGACGAGUCGAUUGGGUGCUUGGACAAGUGCAUCUGGUCGAACCCGGACCGCGAGUACGCGCAGGACAAGUACUAUAAGCCGUUCAAGUGGACGUACUGCGACACGCGCGAGGAGAACUUGUGCAAGGGCACGCCGCACAAGAUCGUGAAGCAGAACAAGGCACGGGGAGCGACCGCUUCUGAUGAUGAUACGUCAAGCACGGCCAGCGCAUGCGAUUCCACGAUUUACAGGGUCAAGAACGGCAAGAUGGAGCAUGUGUGCGCGGCGGAGGCAACUCGGUCCAUCUUCACAUUGAACACCGACACGACGACCUGGUCGAAACUCGCCAGGAAGACGUCGACGGCGACGACGACUGCCACCACGACGAGAUCGGCGUUGUAUGCGCAGAUCACGGGCACGCAUACCGUCGAUCGCGCUGAGCACACGGGUCAAGCCUCAGCCACGCCUGAUGCGAAAGGUGGUGGCACCCGGGUUGUUCAUAAGGCGUUCUUUCUUGGCCUUAUCGUGUCUGUUGGCAUGUUGUUCCAUGUAUGA